ACGCUCUACCAGAAGGCGGACGAUGGGCGUCCCUUCCCCCAGGUCAUCCGCGGCAAGGGCGCCCUCGUGGGCAUCAAGGUGGACAAAGGGGUCGUGCCCCUGGCUGGCACCAACGGCGAGACCAAGACCCAAGGGCUGGGCGGCCUGUCCCCGUGUCCCCAGGGGCUGGCGGCCGUCUACAAGGCGCUGAGCGACCACCAUGUCUACCUGGAAGGGACGCUGCUGAAGCCCAACAUGGUGACCCCAGGCCACGCCUGCCCCAAGAAGUACAGCCCCGAGGAGAUCGCCAUGGCCACCGUCACCGCCCUGCGCCGCACCGUGCCCCCCGCCGUCCCCGGUAUCACCUUCCUGUCGGGUGGCCAGAGUGAGGAGGAGGCCUCCCUCAACCUCAACGCCAUCAACCGCUGUCCCCUGGCCCGGCCCUGGGCCCUCACCUUCUCCUACGGGCGGGCGCUGCAGGCCUCCGCCCUGCGGGCCUGGGCCGGCAAGAAGGACAACACCAAGGCGGCCCAGGAGGAGUACAUCAAGAGGGCCCUGGUAGGUCACUGUCACCCCCCUGCGGACACAGGGAGGGGACGUGGGGACAGGGAGAGGGACGAG